CAGUGAUGACUGUGUGAGCGGAGGCUAAUAUGGAACAUUCGAGAAGCGAGAAGCCAAAUGUAUUUGCGUGGGCGGAAAAAGGGAGCCUCGUAGUAGCGUGAAUUAGAAAAGCGGUCGUUUUCGCCGUUAUUCAUGGCUGCUUCUUCUGCUUCGUCUGCGUCUUCUUCUUCUUCUUCUGCUUCGUCUGGCUCCAGAAAUGGAGAGGGGGACACGGACGGCGUUUCGUGGAGACUCAUAGGCGCGGCCUCGGAGCUCGCCAACAAGCGCUGCCGGCUGAUGUACUCCUCCCUCGGCUACAACUCUGACGUCUGCCUCUUCUACGUCAAGGGCGAAUUUUUCGCUAUGGAUGCCCGCUGUGCACACUCCGGCGGUCCUCUGUGUGAGGGGGACAUUGAGGAGGCUGAUGGAGUCCUGCAGGUCAUCUGUCCAUGGCACGACUAUGACUUUGACCUCAGGACAGGGAAGUCAGGAACCUCAUUACAGCAACAAGUGUAUGAAGUGAAACUGGAGGACGGCAACGUGUACGUGAAACAUGCCAGUCGUCUCUCCUUGCUGCCUUUCCCUGCAGAGAAGAAAAGCUAGACGACCUCAACCCCGGCGGCUUCUUCCUUCAGCCGACGAACUCUGUCUACUUUGAUUGGCGUGAACUCAGGGACGGUGAUAUCAGGAGGACUAUCUGAUGACGACAUGACAUCAUCAAAUUGUUUCACAGUUUUUCUCGCUGGGUUUCCUGGUCAUCACAGACACACACGAGCUGUGAGCUCAAUGCAACACUACAUUUUAACUUUCUUAACUAUUUCACAAUAGUUUAUUAAGAAAACAAUAUUGCACCUGAAAUAUAGCAGUAUAAAUAUAUUAUAAUAUAUAUAUAUUUUUUUCUUUUUUUGAUUUUCAUAUGUAAACAGUGAAGGUUUUGCAUUAGCCAAAUUCCCUCACAGCCAGAAAAUCUUCUUUUUCGUUAUUAAAAGGAAUAGAAGUGAAAACUCGAUAUGCAGAGUGCAGUACCAAGUUGUAGAUUUAUAAAUGCAAUUCAAAUAAAUAAAACAAGUCUUGCAGGUGCUAAUUAUCACUAUGUCAUGUGGUGUAAUGUGGAGGUCCAAAACAGAACAAGUACAUGUUUCCUACUUAAUUUUAUGUAAGCACAAAAUAAUCAAGUGUAAUGACACUUUCCAUGGUGUGUUUUUUUGUUCUGAACAGGCAUUUGCGGUCAGUUUCACAGAAAAUUACCACACUUGCAGAGUUGUUGCAUUUGGACACAUUUAGCCACUUGUUCCACUGAUGUCAUGCAACUGAAAACUCCUUCUGAAUUUCAGUUCUGGGGUUGUUUUGUCACACAUUUUCUAACACUGAGUUCCAGCAACAGAAUACAGACAAGGGUCAUUGCACUCAUGACCGGUAGCUCUUGGUGUGCUAAGACGUCUCCCUCAUCGUUCCUGUUCACAGGCAGGUUUUUCGGUUACUGACGCAAUGGGAUUUAUCAGGGAUGGUUAGUGAGGCGCUGGAGGAAGGUUCAUGACCUGAAAUGCAUCAGUGGGUCAAGAGAAAUGUGUUUUUCUUUCUUAAUGUAUGUGUGUGUGUGUGUGUGUAAUGUAUGAGUAUUUCUCUAUUCCCUCUCAGUGUGAGAGAAGUCACUCACUGUAUUUUCUGUCAGCUCUGUUUUCUGGCCGACGCACUGAGGUCAGUUAGGAAGGUGUCAAUGACAGUGUGGCUCAACACUCCCCCUGUCCUCCCUGCUGUGUUCCCUGUGGUGCACCUUUUAUUACAACAGUAAUUCCUCUGCCUAAAUGUGUGUGUGUCUCCUGUGUGCAUUAUAACUCACCACCUGGAGGGUAAUGGUAAUGCACUUUGAGAUGCCGCAGAGAGAGAAGCGCUGUUCGUGUUUCUGUGUUUUUAAAGUUAAAUUAAGAAACGGAGGAAGCCACAAUUCAGACUAUUACUGAAUGUUUAUUGUUUUUUUUGUUUUUCAUAUGUUCUGCUGAUUAUGUUUGUGCCUUCCUUGUUUCUCGCGGGAACCACAUCUGCCGUUGAAAAUACAGACUGCAGAUUUUCAGCAGCUGUACGUUUCAUUUUUGAAGUGUGUGUCCAUUUGUUUUUGUUAUUUACUUGACAAAUGAAAUGAUUCUGCUAACGUUUUGGGAAACGUGUGUUUAUUGUUGAAUUCCAGUGUCUGAUUGGGAUUAUUUGUUUGUUCUGAAUACAUAGUACACAACUCGGAGAUGAACAGGUAGCAACGUUUUACACAAAAUCAUUUAUUUACAGAUUCUUCAUCGUACCACUAGUAGAUUUCAUACAAUACACAAUUUACACAUUAAAACUUAAUUCAGAGGAAAACAAUGACAUCAGCAUCACCAUGCAAUAGUUACGUGUUUAUAGAAGAUUACAUGUUUGUUUAUGUUGUUCUUUUACUGGAGCAUUGCAGUGGCAAAUAUACAACUCUCUUUGUAUACUCCAGAAAGUGGUGGAGAGGUUCAAGGAUGACCUCCUGAAUAAAUUAUAAUCUCCCUGAGACCAAAUGGACUGUGCAGAGGAGAAAUUAGAUGAAUGUGUUCAUUUUUGAAUUAAUGUUUCAUGUGGAUUAAGAGACUUGUGCUUUUUCUGCUCAAGUUAAAUAGUAAUUUUGCUACAGAGAGGCAACACCAAGAAAAGAUAUUGAAAAGAUAAUGUUUUUUUGUUUUUUUUAUCAAGCAAACCAAGCAACAUCUGCUGUAUAUUGUACUCAGUAUAAGAAAACCCUCAUUCGCUGUCAUGAGGACAUUUACACUGGCCUCGUGUCUGCACAGUUUAUUAUAAAGAGUUGCUAUUUC